AAUUCUGAAGCAGUUAAGCUGAAAGAUGAAACAAAAUAGGGUACUUUUGUGGCUGAUUCAUUUUAUAAUAUUAUGUAUUUUGGCGAAGGUGGCCAAAAAACGUACAGUCGAUCGAACUACAGUCAAAAAAAUAACUACCCCUCACCACCAUUAUAUAAAAACCACUCAGUGUCAUAUACCCUAUUAUCCCAUUAUUUCCAAAAUAAAAAAACACUCUGCCAGUUUUAACUGCUCCAAAGACAAGAGUUUAAUCAGCAAUCGAUUUGAUGAGAAGCUGCAGCAUUAUGUUUUGCAAAUAAAUUACCCAGUUGCUCAAUUAAAAUUGAAAGUAAUGCGAAAAAAAUUCCCUAACUUGAUGGGCUACAAUUGCACCUAUCGGGAAAUCCGAAGAUUGAAGAAUGCUAGUGCCGAAGAACCCAUGAGCUUAGGUGAAGAAACCGCCUUUGAGGAUGGUUAUGUGGUUCCCCUUCACAUCGAAGCAAUGAAAGUUAUUUGCCGAAAUGAACUUUCCGAGGAUCUGCAAAUGGACACCUUCGCCUUUGUCCAGCCCCGCAGGUCGAUUCCUCUCCAAAAAUCUUGGCACCGCCGACCUAGUAUCAUAAUGCUAGGUAUGGAUAACCUUUCAAGGAUGACCUUACGUAACAACAUGCCUAGUCUGUUUGAAAAUAUCAAAAAGCCGUAAAUAAUUUUCUGAUAAAAGCAAGA